AUGUUGAAUAUCAGCGGGCUGUUUAUCUUCAGGGUCGUUGUACCACUUCAAGGUUGUUUGUAUUCUUGGUCAAUUUUCGUUGACCUCAGUGUCUUGUAUACGGAAGCCGCUUAUUUAGUCUGUCUUGUCAAAGGACGAGUUUGUCGACUGAAAACUGGUUUAUACACGCACAAGUUCACAUAUGAUCUGCGUAAGAUUUAUGCAUUAGCUUCAAAAACUCUGAAUUCCUAUGGUAAUCUACUCGAAACUUUAAAACGAGCUGGUUUGCAAUCAAAAGAAAAAAUUACACACUUAUCUUCUACUAUUAGUAAUAAUGCUGAUGAUUUUCAUUCAUGUCGUCAAUGUCAUCUACUCGUUUUAAUACAUGAUGUACUCAAAGGACUAAAACAUCCACAUCAUUACUUACUUACUCAAUUAUAUGAAUCUACUGAAGAUGUUUUAGCUGUGAAAAAACUUCGUCAUGCUCAUAAAUUAACUGAAAAGUGUUCAAAGUUGAAGAAUGAAAAGAAUAAUGUUAAAAAAUUACUUCCUUGUUAUGCACGUGUUAAUCGUUUAAAGACUACCUUAUCCAAAGUUGUUGGUGAACUUGAGAAAUGUGGCUUUGAACACAUAAUAUAUAGUCGAUCAGAGACUUCAUACAGAAAAUUUCGCAAGAAAGUUCGCCGCCUUAAAUGUAGUCAAUUUAUGCUGGAUUACCAUUUGCCGCAUAUACUUUUGGUUUUUCCAUCCGGUACUGCUUUGCAUCAACUGGACCUAUACAGAUCUCACUGCAUUGUUAUUCAAGAUAAGGCUAGUUGUUUCAGUCCAGAAGUGCUUCAACCACAUCCAAAUGCUGAUGUUCUCGAUGCUUGUGCUGCUCCUGGGAAUAAGACGUUACAAUUAAUUUCUAUGCUGUCUGAUAAAGCAACAGUUUUCGCUAUAGACCGUGAUCCAACCAGAUUUCAUCAUCUUUGUGAUAAUCUAAUUUCUCAUGGAGUAAAUUGUGUAUCUGUGAUGGAUGUAUCUCAUUCAGAUGUAACCAAAUAUCAUAAGAAUAUGAAAUAUUCACAGCCAAAUGUUGAAGCUUAUUGUACAGAUUUUCUUUCCAUCAAUCCAUAUGAUCCAAAAUUUUUCAAUGUUCAAUCAAUUCUAUUAGAUCCUUCAUGUAGUGGUUCUGGUCUAUCAUUUCGUCAAUCUGAUGAUGAUCAAUUAACUGAUGAUAGAUAUCAUUAUAAAGGUGGAUAUGAUAAUGAUAUGUAUAAUGAAGACUAUACAUCUCGUCUUAAACGUUUAUCUAAUUUUCAAGCUAUCCUGUUAAAACAUGCAUUAAAUUUUCCAAAUGUUCAACGUGUUGUUUAUUCAACAUGUUCAAUUCAUCCAGAAGAAAAUGAAGCAGUUGUACGUGAAAAUGCUGAUCGAGUAUCUGAUAAAUUUUAUUUAGAAACAAUAUGGUCGGACAAUUUAUCUAAUUCAGUAGAUUCUACGACAUAUUCUCCAAUUUGGAAACAUCGUGGUCUCAGUGAAUAUCAAUGUGAAUCAUGCUUACGAUCAUCUGAGAAAGAUUUAACAAAUGGAUUUUUUAUUGCCUUAUUUGUAAGGCGUAAAACUGACAGUUUAUUGAAAAUCUUAUCCUCGUCAACAACAACAACAACAACAACAACAACAGUUGAUCACUCCUCACCAACUAUAGUCACUACUGAUAAUAUCGACCAAAAUGAAAAGAAACAAACUGAUGAUCAAGAAAUCUUUAAAUUUAAGAAUUUAGACAUCAUAAUGCAAUCAGAACAAGAAGUCUCCUUGGAAACAACAACAAUGUUGACGGUUAAUGAAAAUAUAUCAAAGCGAAAACGUCGAAAAUUAGAAAAAUACUUAAAAAACAAAGAAGCUAGACGUGAUGCAAGAAAAGCACAAAAACAACGUCGUAAAAUGAGACAACAAAAUCCUUUAGAGCAAGAAAUGUUUACUGUUCAAACUAAUAAUAAUAGUAAUAAGGAUAUAUUGAUGAGGAAGUCGUCAAAUCUAAUGGAUAAUUCUCUUUCACGAAAAGCUUUACAUCAUCUUCCAAAAAUGUCAGAAUCAAAAUGUCAAACUAGAGUUGUCAUUGAUUGUGCUUAUGAUCAUCUAAUGUCUUUCAAGGGCAUAUGUAAAUUAGCCAAUCAGAUUUCUAAAUGUUACGCUAUCAACCGACGUGCAGAACAUCCAGUCCAACUUUAUAUCACUGGCUUAGGUCCUUUCAAAACUUCUACCAAUACUAACACCAAUAACAAUAUUAGUAACAAUGAUACAACAUUUGAGAAAAAUCAUUCAUCUGCUGUAAAACAAUUGGAAAUGUUCCCUCCACGAUUAUAUGACAAAUUGAAAUUAAGCGAUUGUAAUAAUUGGGAUGUGAAUCUAUGCGAGACUGAUUUCACGUCUAUGUUUUCAGCUGAUGAAAUUGUCUAUUUAUGCGCUGAGUCCGAAUAUCUCCUACCAGAUCGAUUCGAUGAAAAUUCAUCAUCAAAUAUAUCCAAUGAUAUUAAUGUUAGCAAUGGCAGUGUUCAGCCUAAAUUCAGCCUUAAUGAUGUGUAUGUUAUUGGUGGUUUAAUUGAUCAUAACAACUUUAAAGGAUUCUGUUAUCAACAGGCUAUUGAACGUGGUUAUAGAACAGCAAGAUUACCAUUGAAAGAAGUUGAUCUACUUAUUCAAGGUCGAUAUGUUUUAUCUACUGUUCAUGUAUUUCAAGCUUUAUGUCCAGUAUUAUCAGGUACAAAAACUUGGAUGGAAAGUUUAAAAUUAGCUAUACCACCUAGAAAAUUGAUAAGUGUUUAA